UUGAGCGCUGGAUGUGUUGAAUAGAGGCUGCAAUAAACGGAGAGUUUGAUGUUUCCUCCACCAAUCUGGAAACUUGAGAGCACGAAGAUCUUCACAGGUUGUGUUAUAUCAGCAGCAUUUGAAGAAUGACAGUGCUGUGGUCAAAGGAACAAUAUUUUGAGUAAUUUUUGGCAAUUGCAUGUAGGCAACUACAUCAAAGGUUCCUUCAAUCAAUCAAACCAGGAACUUGGUCCUUGGUCAGAGGAGCUCACCUGCUCAGGAUCUGAGUUGAGUCAGCGAUGGCAGGACGUUCAGGUAGCCCCCAAGAAGUUGUAAAGAUAGAGGAGCAGUCUGAUAGAGUCAUCUUCACCUACUUCCAGGGUGACAUCGGUAGCAUGGUGGACGAACACUUCACCCGUGCCCUCAGCAAGGCCAGCAACAACAAGGCCCCCAGCGGGAAGGGCAAAAAGAGCCGCAAGGCUGUCAAAUCUGAGUCUGACUCAACGUCUUGUCAGUGGGGUGUCUCAACCCCAUCCUGGUCCGAAGGCCACUUUGCCCCUGUCUCUGGUUCCCUCCAGCUGAGCAGCACCAAGGAGUCCAGCUCCAGCCACCCCCUGGCCCUCGACUCCCCAGAAGAGAGCACCAGCCCCUGGGCCUUCACCUCCAGGCAACAUGGUGGUCUGGGCCUGCCCGCCAUGGCCUUUCCCCAUGCCAUGUCCCCUGAGGGCCUGGGGGUCACUGGACAGCAUUACACCAACUCCCUGCUGAAUCUCCUCCACAGUGACCGGUCAGAGGUGGCUGCAGGCAUGGCCUCAGGCUCCAAACCAGAGCUCUUCCCUAGCUGGACGGGUCACCCUGGCUUCAGAGACCCCAUGGACCCUGACUCAGGAAUAGUUCUGGAGAAAAAGGACCUGUAUUGGUAUUAAAUGAAGCGUCACUGCGCAGGGAAGAGAGAGAAGAGUCUUCAACACAUGCAUGCUGUGUUCACCCCUCUGGUUAUUAGACAAUUUCCUGCCUAACAGGCCUCCUCCACAGCCACUCUCAGAAGGAUAUCAGUUCCUUGAAAUGCAACAGCUGGAACGGCCUCUCAGAAACAAAACACUUUCUGACUAACCUGUUUUGCAAACCAGAUCAUAAUUCACUUCAAGGACCGGUGGGU